AUGGCCAACAAAGCAUCUAUCCCCUUGAUAUCUUCUGUCUUAAACGAAAUAAAGCUCCAGUUCGAAGAAGAACUUAAUCCAGACGACCCAAAACUAACUAUUAUCCAUUCGAUAACCCCGGAGCAAUUACAUUCAUCAGGGAUGAUUAAAUCAACAUCCAAAGCAAAAAUUAAAGGCUCUAUUCUAGAAUACAUCACAAGUUAUGUACAAGUCAGGCGUGGGAGGUCCAGACCCCCGUCAGGAAACGAUAUGUCUGCAGCACUAAGAAGAGAUGCCGGCAUAACACCACACCCUCACGAGAAUGUCGCGUCGACUUCCGCUCCAAGAGAAUCUCAUGCUACAACACGAACCACUGAGAUUAGCAUUCCUUUAAACAGGGCGGCUGCCUCGGACAGUCCAGAAAACGAAGACGUAUUUGACGACGAACUCGAAGAGGACCCGACCCAAACAGAGCUAUCACAGAGGUACCCAGCACUUCCGCGGACUCCGUGCCCAAAAAACUUAUUUAUAGGAAACAUGUUAUACUCUUAUUUGAACAACCUCUACUCCACCGAUCGGCACUUGUACCCCAAAAGAUGGAAUAACUUGAAGAAGAAUGACCCUGACCAGGCCUGGCAUUCCCUUAACCGGACUAUGGUUACUUUUUUCAAUAGCCGAUGGAAAAACCAAGGGGUACAAUUAGAAAUGGGUGAGACUCCGGUAGACUCCAUGAGUUACCAUGACUUAAAAUUGUCAAUAGUUCAAACUAUAACAGAGGCUCAUGCGGCACAAGGAGCCAAUUCCACUCCCGCCCCCACUUCAGGCUCCACUCCCAGUCUGGGAACCGACUCCAUAAUGAGACUAGAGAGGAGUAUAGGCCGAUUAGAGGAAGCUGCUCGAGUCUUAACGUCCCAUACUACCAAAGUAACAGGAAGAGAGAUAUCAUCUUCAACUCCUCAACCACUAUCUCAGCCCCAACUCACUGGCUUUCCCUCCACAUCAGGACCCCAGAAGCGACCGCAUGAAUCGGACAGCGAAGAAGAAGUUUUAGUUGGAUGA